AUGGCCAAGUGUCACCGGAGCAACGUUGAUUCACUAGUUCUCGAUCACCGCCACCAUGCCAAAAACACCACGGCCGAAAACUUCUGCAUCUCCGCCUCCUCGAUCCGCCGCAUCAUUUUCGACGCCGUGAGCUGCGGCGGAACUUCCCGGCACCGACAUCGCCACCGCGACGAAGUCCACGACGACAAAGAAAAGAAGCAUGUUCAAGAAGAGAAGCAUGAGAAGCUAUUGGAUCUCCUGAACAGGCCGGUGCAUGCAACGGAUGCGGAAUUGAAGAAGAAGGAAGAGAUGCUGUUAGAGCUGAAGCAAGUGGUGAAGGAAUUGCGAGAAGAGGAUUCGACUAAACGGCGAAUGGCGGCGGCGAGAGUAAGGUUACUGACGAAAGAUGAUUCUGAAGCGAGAGGCUCACUCGCUAUGCUCGGAGCAAUUUCUCCACUCGUCGGAAUGCUUGAUUCAGAAGACGUUCAUUCUCAGAUUGAUUCUCUUUACGCAUUGCUCAAUAUCGGAAUCGGCAGCGAUGAAAAUAAGGCUGCGAUUGUAAAAGUUGGUGCUGUUCAUAAGAUGCUGAAGCUAAUUGAAUCACCGCGUGUUGUUGAUUCAUCGGUUUCUGAGGCGAUUGUUGUGAAUUUCCUUGGAUUGAGUGCUUUGGAUUCUAACAAACCAAUAAUUGGAUCCUCUGGUGCUAUACCAUUCCUUGUUAGAACCCUGCAAAAUCUAGAUAAAAGUAGUAAAAAUUGUUUCCAAGUUAAGCAAGAUGCUCUUCGGGCUCUUUACAAUCUUUCGAUCAAUCAGGCCAACAUUUUGUUCGUUUUGGAAACUGAUUUGGUAUUGUUUAUGAUAAACUCGAUUGAAGAUAUGGAAGUGAGUGAGAGAAUCCUUUCAAUUCUAAGCAAUUUGGUGUCAACUCCAGAAGGUAGAAAAGCUAUCAGUGCUGUUAGGGAUGGAAUCACAGUUUUGGUUGAUGUAUUGAGUUGGACAGAUUCACCUAAAUGCCAAGAGAAAGCUUCAUACAUUUUGAUGAUCAUGGCACACAAAGGCUAUGCUGAUAGGCAAACCAUGAUUGAGGCAGGGAUUGUAUCGGCAUUGCUCGAGUUGACGCUUGUAGGUACCGCAUUGGCGCAGAAAAGGGCGUCGAGGAUAUUGGAAUGUUUUAGGGUAGACAAAGGGAAGCAGGUUUCUGGGAGAUGUGAUGGUGGAAACUUAAGCUUAACUGUCUCUGCGCCUAUUUGUGCCUCGUCGUUUUCGACGGAUGGAGGAGGUAAAGAGUAUUUAAUGGAGGAGGUGAACAUGAUGAGUGAUGAAAAGAAAGCAGUGAAGCAAUUAGUUCAGCAGAGUUUGCAGAACAACAUGAUGAAAAUUGUCAAGAGGGCUAACUUGCGUCACGAUUUCGUUCCUUCCGAGUGUUUUGCUUCACUCACAUCGAGUUCGACAUCAAAGAGCCUUCCAUUUUAA